UCCAAACUCCAAAGGGCGCCAUCUCAUCUCCGCGCGCUCCAUUCCAACCUACACCUUGAACAGGCACCAUGACCACAUGAAAGAGAGAGGCAGCCUUGCAUCCGCAUCACUUUCAGUCGCUACCACCUUUGGCCUUGGCUCCGGGAGUAGGAAGCAAGAGCAGGGUCGCCGUCCAUCCGUCCCCGAUCGAGCCACCACCACCUCUCCGCACGGUUGUGUACGUGCGUGCGUACGGUUCGCGCCAUUCCCAUUAUUACGCCCCAGCUGAAGCCGACCACCGCUCUCUCCCGAGCUCGAUCGCGCGCCAUGAAGCCCACCUCCUCCACGGUCGCCGCCUUCUACGCGACGCUCGCGCGCGGCCUCGACGACCUCGACCGCUCCCUCGCGUCGGGCUCCUUCCUCUCGCUGCAGUCCCUGCGGGCCGCGCUGGCGCUCCUCCGCGCGGCGCACGCCGGGCUCACGCGCCUCGUUGGCUCGCUCCACCUCCCCGCCGGCGGCGCGUGGCUCGACGAGUACAUGGACGAGACGUCCCGCCUCUGCGACGCAUGCGGGGCGCUCCGCCUCGGCGCCGCAGCCAUCGAGGGGUACUCCGCCUCCGCCUCCCAGCUCGUCUCGCUCCUCCAGGCCACCGCCACCGGCGCCCGCCCCAGCCCCCACCUCUCCCGCCAGGUGACGAGGGCCAUCUCGGUGUGCAGGAGGGAGGCCAUCGCGCUCAAGGAGGAGAACAGGGCGCUCGUCGAGACGCGGGGCGAGGCGCUCGCGCUGCGGCUCAGCGAGAGCGUGCCCGCCGACGCCAAGCUCAGCGGCUACAACGGCUUCCGCGGCGUGCUCUGCGCCACCAGGAUGCUCACCUCCUUCCUCCUCACGCUCCUCUCCUGGGGCGUCCUCCACUACCACGCGCCGGACCCGGCGGCCGCCUCCACCGCCGACUGCGGCGUCUACUUCGGCCAGGCGUUCGCGUCGGCGCUGUCCCGCGCGCAGCAGCGGGCGGCGGCCGAGGCCGACAGGGCGGCGGGCGGCGCCGCGGGGGUGAUGAUGUACGAGUUCCGGCGCGCCAAGACGGCGGUCGAGCAGCUCAAGGACGCCAUGGACAGGGGAAGCGGCGGCGUCGGCGCCGCCACGGAGGAGGUGACCCUUUGGGCCGGGCUGCUGCGGUCCGGGUGCGACGACAUCGUGGCGCUGGUGGACGACCUGUUCGACGAGGUCGUGGAGGGGAGGAAGAAGCUGCUCGACCUCUGCAGCGGCAGCAAGUAACCUCCAUCGUCGGCUCCUCUCCUUCGGUUUCCCGGUGCAUCCUUGCUCUGCAUUCUGUAAUGGCGACAGCAGGGGCUCUCUGCUUCGUGUGUUUUCUUUUUUCACAAGUUCUUUGCUCUGGUUCCUGGCCGAAUCCUCAAUUUGGUAACAGCUGACAUGCAUGUCUGAUCAUAAAAUUGCAGCAGAAAUGGAUGGGAGAAAAGUUGUUAAA